AUGUAAUCCCCUAUUUCAUCACCUAUUCCAUUUCCCAUUUCAUUGCCUACCCCUACACCAAUAGGUGAUCGACAAAUUUGCCGACCAUAUUACAGGCGUCCUAGAGAGACUGUUAUAUUUUUAUAUGCCAGUUUUGACUAAACCCAAGACUUUUUUAUGUAUCUGACUAUUGAUAUGUCAUCCCAACAAAUUACCAAAGUACUAACAAUAAAGGAAAAUUAUUUUGAUUCAUAUUUUAGUGAAAUCUAGGAUGAUUUUGAAUACAAAGGACUUUUACGAAAGUGUGUGUUGAUUAAUUCCAAAGGUGGCGUUUAUGCUUUCUGUCAUAAAUCCAUCUAAGAAUAUUUUGUGGUAAAAUAUUUUCUCAAUUUGAUUAAGAAAAUCUUUAUUACCGAUAAAGUUGAUGAAAAUGCAUUACGUAAAAGCAAACAUUACUCACAAGACAUUACGAAUUAUUAAACAGAAAAUAAAAAACGAUUGAAGAAAUGA